AUGACUGCACAAUGGCCUUCAGACUUUGCGCAGCUCGCCCAAUUGUUAAGACCAACGGGCGUAGCUGAUUAUGCUGCUCUCGCUUUUAUGUCCACCACCUACGCCGCAUACCUCUCUCGCGGCCUCCUCUGGGACCAACCCGACCCCCUAAACUACCUCUAUUUCCAACGUCCCCAACUCGAAAAUGGUGGCUCUGCUAACGUCCAUCAAGAAACGCGGAACAUCGCCCAGAAGCUCGAAGAAACGGGCAAGAACAUCGUUGUCUUCUGGGGCUCGCAGUCCGGGACGGCAGAAGGUUUCGCGAGUCGGUUGGCGAGGGAGAUUUCGAUGCGCUUUAGACAAGAGACCAUGACGGCUGAUUUGUCGGAUUAUGAUCCUGCGACAAUAAAGUUGAUUCCCGAGGGGAAACUGGCUAUCUUUAUUCUCUCGACGUAUGGUGAAGGCGAUCCGAGCGACAAUACUACGGAGUUCUGGGAGUGGAUUACAAAGUUCUACAACCGGGUAGUCGAUGUUGUUGGGGGGGGAUUGGACCAGCUCGGCGCCCGUGCUCUUAUGCCUGUGGCCAAGGCAAACGAUGCUGAAGGCGCUACGCAAGAAGACUUUAUGACCUGGAAAGAUGACCUGUUUGCCGUCUUCAGGAACCAAUUGGGCUUCCACGAGUCGGAACCUAGAUACCUCCCCAUCCUACAGGUUGAUGAAGACACGUCCCUAGAGCCGAUCGACCUCAACCACGGUGAGCCGGACAACAAGCAAGCCUCCAAGACCAGCUCGCCCGUCCGCGUCCUGGGUAUCGAGAACGCCAAAGAACUCUUUCACAAUUCUGACCGGCACUGUCUGCACAUUGACCUUGACAUCACCACCCAGCCCGAACUGGUCUACAAAACCGGUGAUCACCUUGCCGUCUGGCCAUCCAACCCAGACAUCGAGGUAGACUUGCUCCUCCAAGCUUUGGGCGUCUCGUCCGAGCGCGGCCAGACACCCAUCAGCAUCAAGUCUCUCGACCCAGCAACAACAAAGGUCGCCAUUCCAACCCCAACCACCAUUGACGCCCUCUUCCGCUACUAUCUCGAAAUCUGCGCCCAAGUCAACCGUGACACUGUCCUGGGUCUAGCCCAAUUUGCCCCGACCCCGGAGGCAAAAGCCCAACUCCUCCAUCUGGGCCAGGACAAAGCCGCGUACGCAGAUCUGCUCAACCGGAAUUACAUCACUCUCGGUCGGUUGUUACAUUUUGUUUGCACUGAGAGCAACAAUGCCUGGUCUGGCAUCCCGCUCUCCUUCCUCGUCGAAUCGUUCCGCCCCCUUCAGCCACGCUACUACUCCAUCUCUUCAAGUAGCGUCAUUGCUCCCCGCAAGCCCUCAAUCACUGUCCUUGUCUCCUCAUCCCCCGUCCCUGAGAACCCGAACCAGCUCGUCCACGGCGUUACAUCGAACUACCUUCUCGCUACUGCGAAGCCGGAAACACACCCAUAUGGUCUUACAUACCCGACAGAUGGGCCGAAUAACGCCCUCCGCCUUGAAGACGAGGGCAAGACGGGGCAGAAGGUCUUCGCUCAUCUCCGCCGUACUCGAUUCAAGCUGCCCAUCCAGGCUGCUGUGCCGCUUGUUAUGAUCGCCGCGGGAACAGGUCUAGCACCGUUCCGUGCAUUUAUCGCUGAGAGGCGGCAGUUGCGCUCGAUCGGGAAGCCGGUUGGUGAGAUGAUUUUGUUCUUUGGGUGUCGGAGCCCCGAGGAGGAUUACAUCUAUCGGGAGGAACUGGAGGCAUUGGCUAAGGAAGAUAAGGAGCACGGUGGAAUUGGUGAUUGCCUCAGGAUCGUUACCGCGUUCUCGAGGUACCAGCAUGCUGGGGAGCCGAGACGCUAUGUGCAAGAUCGGGUCGAGGAGUACUCCGGCGAUGUGGUCCAGUUGCUGGAUCAGGGGGCAAACCUGUACAUCUGUGGACGUGCUGGAAUGGCAAGAGAAGUCGAGAAAGUGGUCAGCCAGGAGAUGCGAAAAGCUAAAGGAUGGGCAGAAGACGAGACGAAUGAGUGGACCAAGGCGAUUAAGAGGAAGAACAAAUGGCAGGAGGACGUUUGGGGAUGA